AUGCCCCCGUCUCGCGCACGCGCACCACCGCGCCUGACUCGGCUCCUUGCCGUGGCCCUGCUCGCCCCGCUCCAUUCCCCGUGCCAGCCUCACCCCUCCCACCCCCCGGUCCCCGUCGUCAUCCACACCUGGGGCGGCCCCUUCACGGUCGCCGCCGACGCCGCCUUCGCCUCCCUCGGCGACGCGCACAGCUCGGCCCUGGACGCCGUGCAGGCCGGCGGCGCGGCGUGCCAGCUCCGCCGGUGCGACGGCACCGUCGGGUACGGCGGCUCGCCCGACGAGAACUGCGAGACCACGCUGGACGCCAUGAUCAUGGACGGCGCCACCCUCAACGUCGGGGCCGUGGGGGCCCUGCGCCGCGUGCGGGACGCCGUGGCCGUGGCGAGGCGCGUGCUCGAGCACACCCAGCACAGCCUGCUGGUCGGGGAGCUGGCCACCCAGUUCGCCCUCGAGAGCGGCUUCCGGGAGGAGGACCUCGGCACCGCAGCAUCGCGCGCCGCCUGCCAGGCGUGGAGGGCGCGCGGGUGCCAGCCCAACUGGCGGGUGGACGUGGCGCCCGACCCGAAAGCCUCGUGCGGGCCGUACACCCCGCUGGGCGGCAGGCGCCACGGCGAGCAUGAUGGCGAGGACGAGGACGAGGACGAGGACGGCGGGCGGCAGCGGCAGCAGCAGCAGCGGCAGCCCGGCGGCCCCCACGACACGAUAGCCCUGGUGGCGCUCGACGCGGCCGGCAACAUGGCCGCCGCGACAAGCACCAACGGCAAGGCGCACAAGAUCCCCGGGCGCGUGGGCGACGCCCCCGUCCCCGGCAGCGGGUGCUACGUCGACAGCCGCGUCGGCGGGUGCGGCGCCACCGGCGACGGCGACCUCCUGAUGCGCCUCCUGCCGUGCUACCAGGCCGUCGAGAGCAUGCGGCGCGGCAUGAGCCCCGCCGCGGCGGCCGACGACGCCGUCCGCCGCAUGCUCCUGCGCUACCCGCUCCUCCAGGCGGGGCUGGUCGUCAUGAACAGCAGGGGCGAGCACGCCGGCGCGGCGAGCAACUGGCGGUUCGAGUAUUCGGUGCGCGGGCGCGACAUGCCCGAGACGCGCGUCGUCGCGGUCACGCCCGUGACUGCGCGCUCCGGGGCGGCGGAGCUGUGA